AUGGAUAUUGUGAAUCAAAAGAAGGUGCUUCCCAAAGAAGAAAAAUUGACGCAGGUUGAAGAAUUGGUGAAACUUCAGAUAUCUAGAGUUGAAAAAAUUCUGGCGUCAUCUUUGACCAGAACUGCUGCUUUGAUCGAGAGGCAACUGAAAAACGCUACAGAAGAGGACGAGGAGAGAAGGAAGAAUCUUGAGAAAAAAAAUAUCAUCUCAAAUACUAUCGAGACAUUUGAGAAAGGCAAAUCAAUCAAAAUAAAACACGAUGAUGAUACAAAUAAAGAUCAUAGUGAACAGGAAAAUAAACCUGAGGUGACAUUGAAUCCAGUGAACACACAGAAGAGCUCCAAAACGUUUAAAUCCGUUGGUACCAAUACAGACGGAAGAAUCGAUCAUUUUCAAGUUUUAGAAGAUAAACCUGCCCUUGGCCAACAGCUUGUGAUAUCCGACUCCACUGCUGAUCGUAAACGACAGCUGUUUGCUGAACGAAAGGUUUACAAACAUGUCACUGGACCUAUCUGCACAAUCAGAAUAUCUGAUAAUCAUCCUACAGAACGUACUAGUUCUUACAUAGAUGAAUCGUCCGAAAAAAUGCGGAUAGUUGUAAAGACCUCAAAUCGUGGAUUAAGUGGAAGAGACGUGAUGAUUGUCAGUGACGCUCUACAGAAAAACAACAUGGAGUUCCGUAACCGGGACAGUGUACAUUCGGAUAAAGAAUCAACGGUUGCGUCUAAUGAACAACAAGUAAAUGGUGAGGAGAAAUUGACUUUAGAAUUGGACGUUUCCGAAUUUCAGACAAAUUCUCAAAUUAAAGAGUAUGUGCCUCAAAUCGCGUCUAGUUUUCAUGUGAGGGAGUCAAACAUUGAUAAAACCUCAUUGAAGAUGCAAAUUAAUGCGGAUGUUAUAGAAUCUGACUUUUCUGAAUCUUGUAGCACUACGUCUAAGCGCACCACUUCAAAAGAUGUAUCCGGUGGAAAAAUAUUGAUAGAAAAUAUGAGAGAAAAACAGCACAAACGAAAGGCGAGAAAAACUAAUUGUUGUUCGGAAACUGAAAGUGAAACGUCUUUUUCGUCCAAGUACAAUGACUUUCCAUUAAAAUUUACAAAGGGCGCACCAGAUACAAAUGAUAUUGACCUUUCCGGGAUGAUAAAUAGACAUACACGGAAGAAAAUGUUUGACCACGAUGAAAGGAGUGUAAGUGAGGAAGAUACUGAAUUGUUGAGACGCUCGGCACCAGAGCUACCCAAUACCCGGAAAGCAAGAUGUAAGAGAUAUUUCGAGAAGAAAUGUGUUUCAUAUCCGAUUGCAUCUAGUCACUCUCAUUCGAGUCGUGGACACUAUAAUGGCCAGUCCAAUAGAGGAGUUGAUUGUGAAAGUAUCAACCCGCAACACCUUCUUUCUGAAAAUAACAAGAAAUCCAUUUUUAAACAACAACCAAAGUCUCCAAACAAGACAGCAUCAAUUUGUAGUGACAAUACGAGUUGUGGGGUGUCUGGAAAUUUAUCUGAAGCGUCUGUUGAAUUUAAAAAACUUGAAAAUGAGACCAAUGAAAUAACUAGUAAUAUUGUAUGUGAUCGAUUAGUUGGCGAUAGCAAGGCAAGAACGUAUUCCCUUCUUGAUUCAACAGAUGACAUGCCCGCAAACGCAGAUGGAACUUAUUCAAAUGGGAAUAAACAGUAUCACGAUCCCCACGGAGAUGUGACUUUACUGCAAGGGGUUGGCACCAGAAAGGCAAAUUGUGUUUCGAACAAUGUAGAAAAAGAAUCAAAUCUCCAGUUCAAAGAAAACGAAUCUGAUCACACUGACGCCAAUGGAAAUGAAAAACUGGAAUCUAUCACACAAUCUAGAGAACUGAAUUCAGAUACUGAAUCAAUACAAAAAGAUACAACUUUUUACAACCGUGAACAAUUACUCAGUGCUACUGACAUUAGUGGUAGUAAUAAUAGCUCAAACUUUGAAACAUGUUUAGAAAAUACUCCCAAUACGGUACAGACUGGUCGAAAAUCCGAAUCCACGCCGGAAAUCUCCGACAAAUUUGGCGAGAAAACCCUUCAGUCCGCGCAAACCCAACUUGACGAUAGUAGCAGUGCUGCGAGGUCGUUUGAAGAUAAAUAUCACACAGUUUUGGGCACAUUGGAGAAACAUCUCAAAGUUUCAAAAGCAUCGAAAGAUUCCCAUGACACUCACUCUGAUGAACUUAGUCCGAACAUGAAAUUCAGCAAAGGUGAGCGAAGUCGUUCAAAAAGCGUAUCUCUUGAACACCUUGUCAGUAGCGGCGAGACAUUGCAAAAUGGACCAUUAUCUGAUCCAAUCAUGUCAAAACCAAAAGGAAGACACCGUGCCCGAUUAUCUUCCGAAUCUCAUAAACAAGUUGCUGUACGCGAAGAUUCAAUUUGUGAAACACGCUCUGUAACAGAAGAAACUUCGAAAUGUGUUGAUGUGAUAUCUGUUUCUAAAUCGGAAUCUAGUUUGAAGGUAGACGAUUCAACCAGUGGGCGCUUAGACUCGUCAAUUCACAACCAUAGCAUUGAGAAAGAGGACGAAAGAGCAUCCAGUCUGAACGACACCAAUUUAACCGUAGAUAUAACGCCUAAACUUGAAAAUAACCAUAAUACGAAGCCACUAGAUUUAACUAUAGAUGAUAGCUCGGUCAGUGCACCUGAAGAGUCUUCCGCAUCAGUACAAAAAAACAAUGUCGUAAAAGGAAGUUGCAAUAACAUUGAUGAUAACAUUGUGGGUGAAUAUUCCAAUGGGCUUGAUUUGACUGAUACUGAAGGAUUAGACUCUUCAUUUUAUGAACGGAGUGCAUCGCGAAGGAUUGAAAUCAAGACUGCAAACGAGUCCUCGUCUAUUGAUAGUGAUGUGAGUUUUGUUGCAGAGAGUUCUGUUAGUUCUUUAGAAGUAUUUUUACCAGCUAAUGACAAGGAAAAUACUCAACACGGCAACAUAAGUGACAGCUCUGUGAAUGUUCCCUUGUCUUUGGAGUACUUCACCGAUAUCGUAACUCCGGUCACCUCUCUUAGAAACGUGAUUGACGAAUGGUCUGAACCAAUAAGAAAACCGUUUAAAUUAAAACAAAAAUCUAAACGUCUUAAUCGUAAAAAGGUCAUCACUGAUGUCUAUGUUAACAUUAGCGGAAACAAUCGAAAGCAACCACAGUCAGUACGUCGUACAUCAACUCCAUGUAUUGUUCCCAGAGGUUUUUCUGUUACAUCGAGCAUUGACGAGAGUGAUCGUGUCGAAGGCGAGUCAGAACUAAGCACAAGCGUGAUUCAAUAUUCAUCUAUUCACGAACUAUCAAAUACCGGAAAUGACAAUACUUCAAAAAUAUCUGUAGAAAAAUCGUAUUCAAUGAAUGAUAAUGAACUGACUAGUCCGAAAUCUAAUCAAGAUCUUACAUCACUCCCCUAUGGUACAGACGAUCAUGAUGAUUCCAUUCUCAGUAAUACGUCCUCGCUUGUUGCUUAUCAACGACAACCAAAUGCAACUACUGUAACCAACGACCCAGUUUCAAAAAACACUAAUUCAUUUCUAUGUGAUGAACUUGAAGAUGAAGCCACUACUACAGAAGAUGUAGCGAGUAGUAUUUUACCGGAGGACGUUGAUGACACCACAGAUGUAGAUGAACGACUUCAGAUGGACGAAACUGAUUUCAGUGACAUAACAGACGUUCUAGGAACAUCUACUGAAACUUUUACUAAAAUAGAAAAUCUAAAUUACAAACCUAACAUAAAUUAA